GUCAUUAUAUUAUAUAUAUACGAAACAGUACAGUUGGUGAUUAUAUUUGGAUCUAUCCUCCCUAUUUUUGUUUCAAAUAAUAACUCCAUAGGACUUUUUACGUUUGAUGAUAAUUAUUCAAGCCCCAGUAAAUGUAAAUAUAUGAAUAUCUUGAAAAGUAUAAGUUUAUUAAAUGGAAAAUAAUUUCCGCUAUUGGGUACAUAUUAUAAAGUUUGCUUCGUAUUUAUUUAAUGGAAAGUAAAUAGUAUAGAAAUAAAUUUUGCAAGUUAAUUGCAUUUUCUAAAACAUAAUUGAAAACAAACAACACUGAUAAGCUUGCCAAAAUGAUAUUGAAUUUGUAAGCCGAUAAGGUUCAGUUUUAGAAGGGAUCAUUCCUAGGGCGAUCUUCGCUCAAAGGAUCAAGUGCAGUAUGCUUAAAUCGAGAAUAUUAUGGCUGCAGGAGAGGCCAACGUUACAAAGCCUCGUCAGGAAAAGCAGUAUGAUUACCUGCUAAAAUUUCUUCUAGUGGGAGAUAGUGACGUAGGAAAAUCAGAAAUUCUCAGUGGUCUUAAUUCAGAAGAAUCUCCAUUUUGUAGUGGCAGUGCCUACAAAACAACAACAAUUUUAUUAGAUGGAAAGAGGGUAAAAUUACAAUUAUGGGACACUUCUGGCCAAGGAAGAUUUUGCACCAUUAUUCGAUCGUAUUCUCGUGGAGCUCAAGGGAUACUAUUAGUUUAUGACAUUACUAACAAGUGGUCCUUUGAUGGGAUAGAUAGGUGGCUCAAAGAAGUGGAAGAGCAUGCACCUGGUGUGCCAAAGGUGUUGGUAGGCAAUCGCCUUCAUUUGGCUUUCAAAAGGCAAGUGUGUGAACGAGAUGCUGAAAGUUAUGCAGCUAAAAAUCGCAUGGCCUUUUUUGAAGUGUCACCCCUGUGCGAUUUUAACAUAAAAGAGAGUUUUUCCGAAUUAUCUCGAAUGGCUCUUCAUCGCAAUGGUAUGGAGAGACUAUGGAGAUCUAACAAAGUUCUUAGUCUUCAAGAACUCGCCUGCAGGGCAAUCGUGGCUCGAACAACAGUUUACGGCAUUGAUCAACUCCCUUUACCAACAUCAAUUAAGUCUCAUUUAAAAUCUUAUGCCAUGACGACAACAUCUCAGCUGCGAUACAACAUCAAUCGGCCCUUAUGUCCUCGCGCCAGUUUGAGUUCAUAUCAUCGAAAGCUUAGAUUUGUAAAGACAAAUCACAAUGGUUUAUCUACUCCAGGGAGUUCGCCGGGUAGUGUAACUGACUCACGAACAAGUUGUGUCGGUCGCAACUCCUGCGCAAUAUCCUGAGACUAUACUAAACUGCUCUAAAAAUUAAGUAAUCCGAAUUUUCUCUACAGCAGCUGUUUAUCUUAUCUCUCCACGAAUACGAUAUGUUAUUAAUUAAACCUUUAAGGCGACGAAAUAACUCGCCAUAUCUCAACUUGAUUUCUUUUUUUUCUUUUUUGUAUUAUGGCAACUUAGCAUGUGAACACCUAUUCAUAAGCAAAGUAAAUAAACAGUGGAAAUAAUAA